UGUUUAUAUUUUUGAUGCAGAGAUGAUAGAUGUUCAAAGUGGAAAUUGCUGAUUACCUAGUCACUGGAAAUUGCAGAUUAUACUUGUCUCGUGAUUACUUGACGACAUCAAGUGUUUUUGGGCAAUACUGGCGCGCCCCAAAAAGCAACUGCACGGAUUCGAGCCCAAUAGAAGUGCCGGCAACCUCGUGCCAACCCCUUCGCAAAGACAACGGCAUCGGGCAACUUGCGCUUCAGCUCAUCGACCGACGGUGGCUGCAUGCGCCUCCUUCGGGCGGCGUCGUCAUCCACGAUGGCCCGAGGCACAUAGCUUCGGCUCUGGCUCGGAGGACAUCGGGGACGCUUCAACGCCGCCGCCCCAAGGAGGAGGAUGCUGCGGACUCGCCACCACCUCCGCCGGCAAAGAAGUGGUGGGAGAUGGAGGCGGAGGUGCAGGCGGCCUUCCGUGGCGGCGACGAGCCGGAGGAGUUCCCGGGGCAACACCUCAUCGUCGGCCGCUCCGUCAAGGAGGACUACCGGCAAAUCACGCUCAACCCACGGCAAGCGGCGGUGUGGUCCGCCAUGGACCACGGUGAGAACUUCGUCGACCUCGCCGGUCCUCCUGAGCCGUUGGCGCCAAAGGAGGAGGAGGACGACUUCUCUGACGACGGCGGUGGCAACGGUGGCAGCAGCGAUGCGGCGACGACGACGCGGACAACAUCAACUGCAGCGCCUUCCAGGGGCGCCGCUUGUCUGGACGCGGACAACCUUGUGGGAACACUAUCCCUAAAUAGAGGAUGCUUCUGCCGGCGCCUAUUUGGAGGGUGCGUGUGGAUGCUCUAAGCUGAAUUGUGUGCUGAGCUGUCACAACUGUUUGACAUUCCUAUGCAUUGUUAUUGUCAAA